AUGCGCGGCAACUUUCUUUCUCUGCCAACAGACUGCCCUCAGCGAGAUGAACGUCUCGGAUGGACAGGCGACCUGCAAGUCUUUUGCCCAACAGCGACAUACCUCUACGACACACUGGGUAUCCUCAGCAACUGGCUACAAGACGUCUCAGCCGAACAGCUGGAGGAAGGCAAAGGCGGUAUACCUCCUCUCGUAUGUCCCAACGCCAUCAGUUCAAACUGGCCGCACAUGGCUCAAGCAAUAUGGGAUGAUGUCACAGUUUUAGCCCCAGACGCUCUGUUCCAGUACAGUCGUGACAAAGGCAUGCUGGAAAGACAAUUUGAUAGUAUGUAUGCUUGGCUUGAAAUGGGGGUUGAUAGGGCCCAGGAUAGACUCUGGAACCCUGAUAAGUGGCAGCUCGCGGAUUGGCUAGACCCUAGCGCACCGCCUGAAGAUCCUGGAAAUGGACGAACUGACAAUAUUCUCGUGGCGAAUGCCUAUCUUGUACAUACUACACUGGUGUUCUCUAAGCUAUGCUUGGUCCUUGGAAAGACGGAACUAGCCACCAAGUAUGCCCUAGAUGGUGAACAACUGAAGACCCUGUUCCAGCGAAGAUACAUCACACCAGAAGGUAACCUUAUGUCAACAUCCCAAACCGGUCUUGGUCUCGCCAUCAGAUUCGGUCUUUAUCCCGAAAACGAGGAACAACGCAAAACAGCCGGAAAAGCCCUCGACCGUCUGGUCCGAACCGCUCGCUUCCAUAUCAGCACAGGUUUCGCAGGAACCCCGGUCAUCUCCCACGCACUAUCUCAGAUCGGCCGCUCACAGCUAGCAUACCGUAUGUUGCUAGAGACGACAUGUCCUCGUUGGUUAUACGCCGUGGUAUCCCACGACGCAACAACAGUUUGGGAACGUUGGGAUAGUAUGCUCCCGGAUGGGCGAAUAAAUCCCGGUCAAAUGACGAGUUUUAACCACUAUGCUCUUGGUGCAAUAGGCGAUUGGCUUCACGCGACCGUCGGUGGUAUUUCCCCUCACGAGGCAGGCUGGCGCGUUAUUCGUGUCCGCCCUAUUCGUGAGGGCAACGUCACCAGCGCCAAGGCAUUAUUCUAUGGGAUAACUGCGGCCUAUAAGGUUAAGCUCUAG